AUGAAUAGUCCUAUUAAAACACUUGGUAAAGCUUACAUUGGACACUUUAAUGAACAGACUGAUAAAUAUAAACACUACAUUGAGUUCGAUGAAUGGAGAUAUUAUUUUGAUGUAACUGUUAAUUCAGUCAUUGAACAUAUUAUUAUGGUACUAUUUCCUUUGUUAUUUCCUACUCCAUGGAAACCAAAGUGUAUUAGAAGUGAUGCAAAUGAUUUUUUCUUACCAUCUUCUUAUCAACGAUAUGCUACAGAAUUAUAUACACCAUUAGUUAGUGGAUUUACAUUAGUUAUAUUUGUUGGAUUAUGGCAAGGAAUUACAAAUCAAUUUUCACCUGAACAUUUAGGUACAUUAGUAUUAGUUUUACUUAUAUUUAUUAAUUCUCAAGCAUUAAUAAUUCAUUUAACGAUUCAUAUAGGCUUUGAAAUUGAUUGUGAUUUCCGUGAUUUUUUAUUUGUUAUUGGGAUGUCUAUUAUUCCAAUAUUCACAUCAAUACUUUUAUCACUUUUUUUACUUCGUAUAAUCUCUUUUAUUAUUUCUUUGACUCUCUUCUUUAAUUAUUUUAUAUUUUCUGUUCGUUGGUAUUGUGGUCGUUAUUUACUUGAUCCAACAAAUCUUGGUUCUUCUCUUCAAAAUUCGUUCUUCAUAGUAUCAUUAAUUCAAACGUCAAUAUCAUAUUUCCUUUAUUUAUUAAUAUAA